ACCAACCUGUAUCUAAGUGGCUGGAGACAGAACUAUUUCCCCUCGUUGUUUGUACGGAUGGUACACCCUGUAAACCAGUAUCCCUUUGCAACGUUUGAUCCUAGCAGCUCACGAAAGUUAAAGGACUAGAUUUUGAUAGAAGGUUCGGUGUUCAGGAAACUUCUUCGCAAAUGGAGAAGGCGACCUACCUGCAAUCCAACAUGGCGGACAAAUACCAGUUUAAAAAAUGUUCAUAUGUUUUCCGUGGAAAUUUUGUCCACUCCACCUCUGAAAAUGCGUUGGAAAUAUUACCAGACAAAAUUUUAGGAAUCAGUCCAUCCGGAAAGAUUUUGUUCAUAGAAAAUGGUGAAUCAAAUCAAAACUUGUUAGAAAUGCAGUAUGGAUUCACUUCAAAGGAUGUAAUCUUCUUAAAGCCAAGGCAGUUUAUCAUGCCAGGACUGAUUGACACCCAUAUUCAUGCACCACAGUACAGCUUUACUGGUACUGGUUAUGACUGUCAUGUUGUUGAUUGGCUGAAUAAGUACACUUUUCCGACUGAGGCCAGGUUUGAAGAUACAAACCUUGCACUUGAUGUCUACAAGAAAUUGGUGAGGAGGUUGCUGAUGAAUGGUACAACAACAGCAUCUUAUUUUGCCACCAUACAUCUUAAUGCUACAAUGGUUCUUUGUGAUGUUAUUGUGGAGCUUGGUCAGCGGGCAUAUGUUGGCAUCUCUGAUGUUGAUUGUUCCCCUCACGAACACAGCAAAACAACAGAAUGUUGCGCAGAAGAAACAGAAAGGUUCAUCAAACAUGUGAUUGACAUGAAUCAUCCCCUUGUGACUCCUGUUCUGACUGCGAGAGGAGUUGCACAUUGUACCAAAUCACUUUUGACAAUUCAUGGAGAAUUAGCCAAAAAAUACAAUGUCCCUAUUCAGGGACAUUUGCGUGAAAUCAAAGAUGAACUGGCUAGUUGGAACUUUGCUUCCGAGUUUUCUCAGACUUCUGAUUUGGCAAAAAUACUUGAGGAAUGUGAGCUCCUAACAGACAAGGCCUAUUAUGCACACUGUAUUUAUGUUACUGAGGAAGAGAUUGACCUGAUGUUAUUACGUAGCACUGGGGUUGCACAUUGCCCUAUUUCAAAUUUUGAUUUGAAAAGUGGUGUUGCUGAUAUCAGACAUCUGCUGGAUAGGCAGUUAAAAGUUGGUCUUGGAACAGAUGUCUCAGGAGGCCACUCUCCAUCAAUGCUUGAUGUCAUUCGUCAGUGUAUAACUGCCUCCAAUGUUGUUGCCUUCAGCAAGCCUGAAUCUUACAGAUCUCUGUCUUACAAGGAUGCUUUUAGAUUGGCCACUUUAGGGGGCAGUGAGGUUUUAGGAUUAAGUGACAAAAUUGGCAACUUUGAGGUUGGCAAAGAAUUUGAUGCAUUACUUAUUGACCCUGAUGCUGAGGACUCGCCCUUUGAUUGUUUUGACAAUGACACCUUAGAGGAUGUGAUUCAGAAGUUUCUGAUGCUUGGUGAUGACAGAAACAUUCUCCAAGUUUAUGUGGCUGGGCGACCAGUAGCAGGAAGGACUCUUGUCUCUUCAUACUUCUCUUCCAAAAGGAAACAAGGAUUAGAUAUUGAGUUUACUUCCUGAACAAUGAAGAUCUUGCUCAUUAUCAGAUCUCUUAGAACUGGAGCAUACCCUUACCUAACAAAAUGCCUUAGUUAUAUUUCAAAAAUAUAUAUUCAGUAAUACAUAUUUAUACAAAUUUAUCCAGCACCCACGUCAUAGUCAUAUUAAACAUGCUUAAAUUAUAUUUUUGGUGUAGUGUUUUAAGGCCGAGUGAAAUAUAUUAUAUUCAUUUAUGUAAAACUAGGUAGUUUUGAGAAAUCAGUUAUAUCUAAUCAAACUUUAAUUUGCAGUUCAUGUUUCUCUGUUUUGUCUAACUUUACUUUUUCCAAAAUAUAACCAUGCCCCACCAGCAAUAAUUACACCUAAUAAUUCACUGGUAAUUGAAAAUAAAUAUUAGGUAGACCUUACAUCUUUAAAAGGAAUAAUUUUUACCAAAGGGUCUUGAUAUUAGCAGGCAAGUCAAGAAUUUAUCCUUUUAAUUCACACACUUUCGUGCUUUACCUCUUUUCUUGUUGUCACUAUUUAUCAUAAUUAGCAUUGUUUUACUUA